AUGAUAAAUAGUUUAAAAAAAGGAAAUACAAUAACAACAAGACUAGCAAAGAACUUUAACUACUUUAAAAGGUUCUAUUCUUUUUCUGCUCCUGCUGCUCCUCCUCCUUCUCCCUUGUUUGGAGGAGGAGGAGGAGGAGGAGGGCAAAGGCAAUUAAUACUCGUAUCACAAGAUUGGACGAGACCAAAAGAUCCCCCAUUAUCACUUGGGCAUGCAUCGCUAUUAACCAAUCUCCGUCUCCAUCAAGUCGAUGUGAUUGAGAGAUCGUGGUCCGUCAACGCACCAGAUUUCUCAUCCGACUCUGUCACUGACUUUAUCAUGAAUAAUGUCAGGGAGGACGGCAGAACCGACGUGGCUUUGGGCGCAUUCGUUUGGAACGAACACAGCACCAAAGCAAUACUCCGUAACCUCAAAAAGCAUCGUUUCCCCGGCCGAAUUAUUUUGGGUGGCCCUCAAGCCAGUUAUCUCAAAAGUAAUAUUGAAUCCUACUAUCCAGAAGUAGAUUAUUUCAUCCGUGGAUAUGCUGAAUCUGCCAUUGUAGAUUUAAUGAAAUCAAACGUCGACGACGACCUUUUGAUUUCAACUCCAACCAUGAUCGCUACUAGUACUGGUACUAGUAAACCGACGUCGGUUGGUGGUACUACACCAUGUAGCAGUGGUAAUAAUAAUAAAACCAAAGGAAUACAUCGAGCUGGAGCACUUCCCGAUUUAGGGUUGUCAGCUACCGCCGAUCUAGAGACUCUACCCUCCCCAUUUCUCAGUGGCACUAUCAAACCCCAGAGAUUUAUGCGGUGGGAGACUCAACGUGGUUGUCCCUUUCGUUGUGCGUUUUGUCAACACCGUGAAUCAGACUCUGACUCUGACUCGCACGUGCGUAGACACAUGUCGCUCACUCGGACACUACAAGAAUCUGAAUGGAUCACCAACAACCCAGUCAUUCAAGACUUGGCUGUACUAGACCCCAUCUUUAACUCUGGCCCCAACUAUCUCGAGAUACUUGACCAACUCUUACGCGGACGCUACUCUGGAAAGCUGUCGCUUCAAUGUCGUUUGGAAAUGGUAAAGGAACCAUUUCUCGACAGAGUGUCAAGACUCAAAGAUCAAGGUUGCCAGGUUGUUUUAGAGUUUGGGCUUCAGACCAUUCAUGCGGCCGAACAAAAAUUAAUUGAUCGACCAAACAACAUCAAACGUGUUGUUCAAAUACUCAAAGAGGUUGGACAGCGUGCCAUACAGACUGAAAUCAGUCUCAUCUAUGGUCUGCCACUACAAACGGUAGAGACAUUCAAAGAGACUAUUGAUUUCUGUCGUACGCACGCUCCCAACAACGCUGUGAUUCAUGCGUUCCCAUUAAUGCUUCUUCGAGGAACACCUUUGUUUCAUCGCAAGCACGAACUUGGAAUCAUCGAAUCCAACGAAAUAGUCUCGGAUAAUAAUAUUAUCCCUCGACUACAAUCAACCCCAGACUCGCUCGUCGACAUACCUCAUGUCGUUGCCAGUCCUUCAUUUACCUACCAAGAUUGGAAAGAAAUGACUAAAUUAUCUGAACAAUUAGAAAUUGAUAAUCAAAGAAUUCAAUUAAAUAAUUAA